AUGGCGCAAACGGAACGCGAACAUGGACAUGAACAUGAACACUCCUCCCGCAGCUCAACGGACGACAUCGAGUCCGGGUCGCACGACGACAACAUCCAGGAUGCUACGGACAGACUAGAAAAGCAGAGCACGGCCGCAUCGGGGCUAUCCGUCUUCGAGCAGCGCGCACAGUCUGUAGUAUCGCGAAUGCGCAGUCGCGAGCCGGGCCAGACGGCGAAAUUCACACACCCGCUAACGCAUACGAAAACGAGUCCGGAUGUUAUUGUUGAUUUCGAGGGGCCGGAUGAUCCAUACAGGCCGCUGAAUUGGAGUUUUAAGAAGAAGGCUGUUACGACCGUUUUGUAUGGAUUGACUACGAUGGGUGCUACUUGGGCGAGUUCUAUAUACUCGACGGGUCAGACGCAGAUCAGUGAACAAUAUGGUGUUUCGACGGAGGUUUCUACACUCGGUACUUCGUUGCUUCUAUUCGGGCUGGGACUUGGUCCUCUCGUUUGGGCGCCGCUGUCAGAGGUCUUUGGUCGCAAACCUGCUGUUCUGGCACCGUACUUUAUUGCCGCUAUCAUGUCGUUUGGUACCGCGACGGCGAAGGAUUUGCAGACGAUCAUGUUGACCCGAUUCUUCACGGGCUUCUUCGGUUCCGCGCCGGUGACCAAUACCGGUGGUGUUCUGAGUGAUAUCUGGCCCCCCGAACAGCGCGGUGCUGCAAUUGUUGGAUACGCCAUGGCAGUGGUUGGUGGACCUGUGCUGGGGCCUAUUGUCGGUGGUGCGAUUGUCCAAAGCUACCUCCGUUGGCGAUGGACUGAAUACCUUACCGGCAUCAUGAUGAUGUUUUUCCUUGUCAUGGACCUCCUCUUCAUCGACGAAAGCUACCCACCCGUGCUACUAGUAUACAAAGCCCGGCGCCUGCGCUUCGAAAGCGGCAACUGGGCCCUCCAUGCCCGUCACGAAGAAUGGGACGUAACAUUCAAAGAACUGAGCAACAAAUACCUUAUUCGUCCGUUCCAGCUCCUCGCAACCCCAAUCUGCUUCCUCGUCGCCCUCUACGCCUCCUUCGUCUACGGCAUCCUCUACCUAAGUCUGGCCGCCUUCCCAAUCGUCUUCCAAGAAGUGCGCGGAUGGAACCAAGUCGUCGGAGCCCUCCCUUUCCUCGCCUACCUCGUCGGCAUCCUCAUCGGCGCCGUAAUCAAUAUCGGAAACCAGCGCUUCUACAUCAAGCGCUUCAAAGCAAACAACAAUCGCGCCGUCCCCGAAGCCCGUCUCCCUCCCAUGAUGCUAGGCUCGGUCCUCUUCGCAGCGGGAUUGUUCGUCUUUGGCUGGACGAGCCCGAAACACAUCCAUUGGAUUGGCCCGAUCAUCGGUGCUGUAAUGAUGGGUUUCGGCUUCUUUACUAUUUUCCAAGCUGCCCUCAACUACCUCAUUGAUACCUUCCAGCGGUACUCGGCCAGUGCGGUUGCGGCGAAUACGUUCCUACGCUCGGUCUUUGCGGGCUGUUUCCCGCUUUUCACUAGCGCCAUGUUUCAUGGCCUCGGCGUGCCCUGGGCUGCGAGUGUGUUAGGGUUCGUUUCUGUUGCGCUGAUUCCGAUCCCGUAUCUGUUCUACACGUACGGACGACGCAUUCGAGCGCGUGGGAAGUGGUCACUUGAAUCGCUUUAG